UGUGCACAAUCGCGCGUUCACAGGGUAUCAGACCACCGCGCCGCGCAGUUAUUCCGCAAAAUGUACGCAAUGGACGACAACCUAACGUAGCACGAGUCGGAAAAGUAGCCAUAAAAAUGGCGCAAAUAAGCAAGAAAAUGAAGACCAAGCGGGCCCAUCUGGUGGACGCCAAGAAGAUGGAGGCCAAGAAGUCUCGCCAGGAGGAGGUGGAUGAAAUCUGCGUGGUGGGCUACCAGUGCAGGCUUUUCCGAGAUGAUGAGCGCGCUUUGGCGAUCGAUCGUGAGGAACAUCUGAUCCCGUGGAUGGGCGAAGCGUCGCUGAUGAUUGACCGUUAUGAUGGGCGGGGCCAUCUACCAAGUCUUUCGGAGUACGAGGACUCGUGGCUGGGCAGUCGGCGCCAGGAAAUCUCUGGCGAAGAGGAGAGAAUCGAGGCCUUGUGUGACGAGGAGAGAUACAUGGCGCUGCAUAAAGACAUGAUGGAGGAAGAACUCAGACAAGAGGAAGAGAUAAAGCGGCUGAACCUGGCCAUCGCUUCGUCAGACAGUACGUACAACCAGGUGAUGUUCUCCUACGAUCAGGGCAAGGACGAGUACGAUCCCAUGAGGCCCACAGAAGAUGAGGAGCAAUUUGCCAAGACUCCGCCCGAGUGUCAAUCACCUGAGGCUGAGCUGGAGGAACCGUUUAUUGCUCCCGCAGAGAUGGACAUUCCCAUAGGAGUGGAAAUGCCGGGGACCAAAAAGACCCACAAGUUCAUGGAGAAGACGGCCAUGUUCAUCAUGAGCCAGGGCUCCCAGAUGGAGAUCAUCCUCAAGACGAAACAGGCCAACAAUCCCCAGUUUGACUUCCUCCAAUUUGACCACUACCUCAACCCUUACUACAAGCACCUCCUCAAGUGCAUCAAGAGCGGCAAGUACAAAGGAGUGCCGGAAGACGACGAAGAUGAGAACCAUAAGAAACAGGGUGGGAACAACAGGGUAAGGAAGCACAGCAAUGCCAGCAGCAGUGGCGAUGAUGAUGACGAUGACGAUGAUAAUGAUAACAGCGGGUACUUACAUCCCAGCCUACUGGGCCAGUCUAGGCCCAGACCCACACCCAUGCAGGCAGGGACAACCACCAUUCAAACAUCUACUUCCAUGCCCCCCGCCUCGUCCUAUCAUCCCCCGAUGGAUUUCAGUAAGCCGCCGCCCAUCAUGGGGUACCACGACCCCAACUUCUUGCCCCAGGCUGUGGACCCCCCACUCAUGGGGCCUUCUGGGUAUUACGACCAGCCUAACGUCUACCCAAUGUUCCAACCUCCUCCUCCACCUCCUCCCUCUGGGGCUGCCUUAUCACUACCGACAGUGCCACCGCCCCAUUUCUCAGGGGUCGACCCCGCCUACGUCAUGGCCAACCCCCACCCUACCCUUCCUCCGGCCCACAGCCAUGCCGCGCCCCUGGGUCUGGAUCCCAACGUUCUACCUCACCAAGAAUCGCCGUCAGUGCCCCCGUCUGCCGACAUCAGUGAGGCUGAUGUUCCACGGGUCAUUCCGCCACCGCCGGACAUCCAGCCCGUCAUCGAUAAACUGGCCAAAUUCGUGGCCAAGAACGGCACUGACUUUGAAGCCAGCGUGCGCAGCAAGUCCGACCCGCGCUUUGAUUUUCUCCUGCCCUGGCACAAGUACAACACAUACUACAUGCAGAAGAAGAAGAUGUUCAUCGGCGAGAUGGGAGGCAAGGCGGAGGAGGAGGAGGAGGAUAGACAGGAGGAGAAGACCAAGAAAGUUUCGGUGAGUUUCUCCAUCAAAGCAAAGGCGCCCAAAGAAGAGCGUCCCCUGGAGAGGAAAAGCGCCCUCCCAGUCGAGAGCAGCGACUCCGAAGAGGAAGAAGAAAGGCCGCCUUUGAGAUUACCCCCGCCAGAGAGCCUGACCAGAGAGGUCAGGGGUGACGACCUCGAGGGUCAGAGGUCAUGGGGUGAUAACUACCCUGGCCAACCGCCCUUCAACCCCGCGUUCAGGGGUCGGCCGUUUGUCGAGAGGACUGAGUUGCCUCCUUACGAGGGGCCCUAUCAGGAGGGCACAUAUCGGGAACCGGCCUACCGGGAACCAGCUUACGGGGAACCACCUGUCCUGGAAUACUCAGAGUACCCGGAUCCAUACACGGAGCGGGACGGGUCGCAGCUGAGGGGGGCGUAUGACCGGGGACGGGGAAUUACAGAGGAGGAAUGGCAAAUGAAGCAAGCCAAGUUGCGACUCGAAGACCGCCUGGCUUCUGCAGCCCGAGAGAAAAUGGCGUCAGCGUCCAAGGAGCGCAUCCAGCAGAUGGAACGGCGCAAGAAAGCGGCGGUGUUCCUGAGCAUGAUCAAGGACCGCCCCCAGGCUGGGGCAGCCGCCGAGCUGGACAACAUGGAACCAGAGCCAAACGACAUUCCAACAACAGAAUCGCUCAGUCCGCCCGAGAAGCAGCGAAAGACGGACUCGAGAACCGACCGCAAGAAACACAAGAAGCACAAGCACCGACACGGUAGCAGCAGUGGAAGCAGCCGUCGCAGCCCCUCCCCAGACAAGAAGCACAAGCGGCCUCCCCGGUCCUACCAAGACGCCAACCGUUUCUCCGCAUCAUCCUCACGGGAAGGGGACAACAAGCCCCGAGCCCGAUCCACCUCGCCGGGGGUCAGGUCACGACCUGUGACCCCGCCCAGGUCAUACCAAAUGGGCAGGAACAGGUCACCAAAGCGAUGGAGGAGGUCGAGGUCACGGUCAAAUUCCCCCGUCCGACCUGUUCGAACUUUAGAAUCGUUGCCGCGGCGAUCCAGCAGUCUUGAGGCCUCUAGUCUUCCAAUAAAAUCACGGUCAUUAUCCCCUGAAAAUGGACGCAAUUUUCCAGCCGCGUCAGUGGAACCGAUGGUCCUUGAUGCUGCCCCUCCAUCUCCUAGUGCCACACCCCCUCUCUCAUCAGAGCCAACACCGGAUGAUAGUGUUUCGGACUCGUACAAAGAGCCUCCAAUGGAGACGUCAGAGGAAAACGGAUCCACAACAACAACCUCGACGACGGCAGCAACAACAACAACGUCGACAAUGGCAACAACAGUGCCCACGACGGCAGCAACAACAACAGACACGAGCUUUCAAGAUAAUUUCCGGGCCAAAAUCCGUGCAAUGCUAGCCGCCACAAGAACAAUGGAUUUUCAACCAAGCUAGCAGUGUGAGGGGGGGAGGGGUCACCCGGCGAGGUCACGACAGGUCAAAGGUCACGAGACGCACCGGACAUGAAAAAUCUAGGGUCACAUUCUCAGGGAUUCAGCCCCCGAUAUAUGUGUGUGAAAACUUCAAAGCAACUUUUGAAGUAUAAGUUUUGUUGAUUUUUUUUUUCAACAAAGUUUCAAACCGUUUCUGCUAAAUAUUUCUGCUAUUUCUUGUCUAAUUUUUCGUAAGCUUCAAGCAAUGAAAUAAGUAGUUGAUUUUCUUUUCUUUUCAAAAUUAAGCAUUCACAGUAAAAUGGCAAAUAGUAGAAAUCUAUGCUAUUGCGUAGAAAUUGCACUUCUUUUUUGUUGGGAUGAUAUUUUAACUGAUAAUCUGUAAAGAAAACUAUUGCUUAAAGUGUUUUGCCUGGUAAUCAGCAUUGAGUA